UGAUCUGACCAACGUUAAUCUGUUCGGGCCCCUUCCAUCCCUUGCCAGUCUCACUGGCCUCACGCACCUAGCUAUUUUUAUGGAUGGUGACAUCAGUCACGCUGGCACUCUGGAGGGCCUGGCCUGGCUCUCCUCCCUCACCAACCUGCAAACACUGUCUCUAGAGUACAUGGCAUUUCUCACAGGGGAGUUGUCUUCCCUGCACUUUCUCUCACACCUGAGGAGCCUACAUCAGCUGAAAGUCCGGAGUCUCAGAAACGCCACGGGGGAGUUACCCAGAGAGCUUCAGUACAUGACUGCCCUCACUUCACUGGAUCUACCCGACCUUCGUUUCGUGGAGUUUCCCAUUUGGGUCACUCGACUUACCAACCUUCAGUAUCUGAACCUGGAGGCAGACUAUCCACACCGGCAGGGGCGAUUGCUGAAUGAUGACCUCUCUCAGCUCACAGCACUCACCUUCCU